AUGGCUUUACCCUAUUCCCUCUUCUUUUCACAGAAUUCCAAAUGGGUUACUGAGGAGCCUACCUUUCACCUCACUGAAGCGGGGAGGCUAGUGCUUGACGAACUGUCAGCACCUUUAGAUAGCCAUUCACAGCCAAAUAGUGAAGACUCUCGUUUUCCCUAUGAGAAGUUGCAGCUGGUUGGGAACUGGGGUUCGUUUCAUUUCCAUUACUGGAAGAUCCAUUAUGGACGAGUGCAGCAAAAUGAAGAGGACUUGCAUCACCUGUGCAUUGUGAGGGGAGUGGAGAAACAGCUGUGGUGGAGCAGAGUCAUUCAGGAAAAAAUCCUGGACCCAUGGGGUCUUGUCCAGGUGGUCCUCACCAACAAGGAGCUGACUGGUAUUAAGUUCCUUGGUAGAAGGAUCUAUGGACUCAGGUCCUGCCUUGUCAAGAGGAGGUCUGAGUUCACCUAUUAUGAGGAUGCCCAGCAGGUGGAUAUCUCCACCACAGUGGAGGGGUUCCAGGAGAGGGGGGAUGAGAUGACGUCGUAUCAGCUCUCCACCUCUGACAUCAUCACCACCCCUCAUGAACCGUUCUCUGGCUCCUCUCACCAGUUCCCCCAGGAUUCUCCCCCUCCCCCUCCCCCUUUCCCUUCCGAUUCCCCUCCCAGUCCCCCUCCACCAUUCCACUCCACCCAGGACCAGGACCAGACCCCUGACAGCACUCCUCACGAGUUUGUGGAGGAGCAAAAUAAUGUUGCAGAUGUGCCCCCAGCUGUGGUGAGUUUGCUUUAA